GGGUCCCUUAGUUACUCGAAUGUUUGCGAUAAAAGGUGGCUGGAUAAAAUGGCUACAACUUUGCACCUUCCAGCGAUUUCACAUGCGCCUGUCGCCCGAGAAUUUCCGAAAGUUUGGGAACACAGAAAGAAUUUGUCACACUGGUCUAAACAAGAUGUACCCUCGUUAAAACUCGCCCAGCAGCUGGAUACAGACCACUGGGCAAAGCUGAAGGGAAAGCACGUUGACUUCGUAAAUCGUAUGUCGUAUAGUUUGCCGUCAAAGGAAAUUUUGGCUAGUCGUUCUCAGAAAGAUCCGAAGCUGUCAAGUGCGUUUCAGAGGUAUUACUAUGAUCAAAGCAGGCACAGAGAAGAACUGUUAAAGAAAACAUAUACCAUGUACUAUCAAGGCAAACCGAUGGAGAAGAAAUCUUCGAGGCAAGUUCUCCAACAGACGAACGACCUACCACGCCCCCAAGUUCAAAGGCGUCCAUCGGUGUACAAUCAACGGGCUAAAGAAGGCUUCAAGUUUUGGCUGGAAAGUGAUCCAAUGGUUAAAAGAAUUUCGUGUAAGAAUACAGUUUUUGGAAGACAGUUCCUUUGGAGUACUUUUUCACCUCGGUUUUUGAAAUGACUCCACGUUGUGCUUUGGAAUUGUUGUGCUCAAACACUGAUUUUUGGCAGAUCAAUACUAAAUACUGUUUCUUAAAAAAUUGUUUUCAAGAAAUAACCAUCUGUUUUAAACCAAAUUUUUUUAUUUAUCUAUUUAUUUAAUCUUUUAUAUUCAAGAUUGCCAUAGUAACAUGAAAGCCUCAAGGACAAGUCUCCAACUUUAGAUUCCAGUAUCUCAGCUCAAAAUAAAGCUUGGUAGCUCCCCUCAUGAAACAAUUAAAGUGAUACAGAUCUUGAAAAAUUUUGCUUAGAUUCUUGAUCUACUGAUUGGCAUUCAAUGAAAAAAAAUGGGAGUGACCAUCGCCAUCCGUUUUGAGUAACAGCCUCCAACAUUUAAGCUUAACGCUUCUGUUUGAAUGGUAUUUCUAAAAGGCUGUACUGACACUAUGGCGGUCUUGUCACGAGCGUGGGACAAAGAAAAAAUAUUGAGUACCCAUGAGGAAUCGAACCUCAGAC